AUGUCUUCCACAGCGCCACAGGGAAGCUCGGCGGACAACGAGCCUCUUUCGAGCGACGCAAGGCCGGUUGCCACUGCCGUGCCAACAGCAACUGCGCGCUCUACGCCCUCUUCGUCGGCAUCGUCCGUGAGCGACGGAGCAGGGUCGUCACAACAGCGACAGAAUCAACAUCACCAUCACCACGGUCGACUAGGGGACAUUGUUCCUCGAGAUGCUCCUUACGUGGAAUUGACCGAAGAAGAAUAUGACGAGAAUGAUGCAAGAACGAUGAGCCCUAGAAGAAAUAGCGAGGAUGUCGAGAGGCUCGGACAGGAGGCUCGUCAGGCCCUGGUAGAACAAGCAAAGGCACUGCAAGCUGGACUUUUAGCCAUUGUGGAGCAAGUUGAAGUCGUGAAGCAGUCACAUAUCAAGCUUGAGAAGGGGAAUGAAUUUCUGCAAUCAUACAUUGGCGAACUUAUCACCUCAUCUGGUGCCGCCAAAAACAAAAGCGGCCGCGCCAAAUAA